CUACGAGUAUACAAUGAGAUAAAAAUUAUUUUUAUUUUAUUUUUAAAAAAAAAUAUUUUAUAAAAAUACUCUAGUCUAAAGGAUUAAAUAUGACGCGAUUUCUAUUUUUAUUAGCUGUAGUAGCAGCGACCUGCAGCGUCUCAUUUGCACGUUAUGAGGACUGUGAAAAUCCACCACAAGUCCAGCAUGCAACUAUUGAAAUCGAAGAUGAUGAAGACACCAUCCAUGCCAUAUAUGUUUGCAAGCCUGGUUACGAAUUACAAGGAACAACUGAUCUGAUGUGUAAUCUCGACACUGAUGAAUGGAGUGGCGAACCACCAACCUGCGUCAAAUCUGAAAUUUCAAAUGAAAUCGACACAGAGUCAGCGAGUGAACACCAAAAUAAGAAGAAAAAGCAAAAGGACAUACCAGAGGAUCGUUCGGUAAGUGCACAACUGGCAGCAACACUCGAUAUGUCUUGUGCACAAGCGAAAAUUAAAGCACCGGAGUUACAACAUGGUUUCGUCCAAAAAUACGACCGUCGUCGUAAGGGCGAGAAGGUUUUCUUAGUCGCAUUUUAUAGUUGUAAUGAUAAUUUUGAUUUCGAGGAUUCUUCAAUCAAAACACUGUACUGCAGUGAACGCAAAUGGGUUGGAGAAAUACCAGUGUGUGUUCGUUUAGGAGAGUACAACGAGGAAGAUGAAGAAGAAUAUGAUGAGUAUGAGGCUGUUGAUGAAGAAGAAGAAAUUGAUGAAGAUGAAGAAGCUAAUGGUGCUGUUGAUGCUGAUGCAGAUGGUGAUUUUGAUAACAGUGUGGUUCCACCGCCGCCUCCACCACCGACAGUAUCUGUUCCUGGAACAGAAGUAGUGGAUGAAGAAGAAACUGACAAUGAAAUAAGUGUAGAACCUGUCGUUGUAAUACCAGCUGUCGGGACAGUGGAUGUGCAGCCAACGGUUGUAACUCCACCCGUAACUGACAUUAACAUUAUAGUAGAGCCCACUAAGGAUCCUUAUACGCCACGUUUAUUAGACAAUAAUUGCGGUACUGAUAAUGGUGGAUGUGAACAUAAGUGUGAACGUCUUUUAUAUCCUGGGGAAAAUGAACCACGUCUCAAAUGCUCAUGCUUUGAAGGAUUCAGUUUAGAUCCAAAUGACUACGCGGCUUGUCAUGACAUUGAUGAAUGUAAGACUCAUAAUGGUGGUUGUGAACAAAUUUGCAAUAAUUUGCCCGGCUCUUAUCAAUGCGCUUGUGAACAGGGUUUGCAAAUAGAUACAAUAACUGGAAACACAUGUAAAGAUAUCAACGAAUGUGAACUGCCCGAGGUGAAAGCAAAUUGCGCAGGCGUUUGUGAGAAUACACAUGGCUCUUACAGAUGUGUGCCUAUCCUUAAUAAUAAAGAGGAGAUAGAAGAUGACAACGAGGAUGACAGUAAAAUUGUGCGAACUUCAGAAGUACCUGCAGUAGUAACAUGUCCUGCUGGCUUCGAGCUUGUUGCAGGCGGUUCUGGGAUGCAAUGUGUUGAUAUCGAUGAGUGCAGUGAUGGUAUUAGUGGCUGUGAGCACUGUGUCAACACUGAAGGUUCAUUUGAGUGUAGUUGUCCCGCUGGAUAUGAGUUGGCAGAGGAUGAAAAAACUUGCAUUGAUAUUAACGAAUGCGAAAUCGUUGUGGAAGAUGAGGAUGAUGCAGAAGCGGUGCCAUAUAAAGCAUGUACUCAAGGAUGUGAAAAUACAAUUGGUUCCUUCCGUUGCACUUGCGCAAAUAAUCAACAUUUAUUAGAGGAUCGCAGAACUUGUGCACCAGAUACAUGUCAGGAUCUUAGUAGUCCAUCGCUAAAUAAAACACGUUGUGCUUAUCAGUGUGUUGAUUUACCCAGUGGCGUCUACGAAUGCGUUUGUCCAACAGGUUACCAGUUGGGCGCUGAUUUGCAUAGUUGCGAUGUAGUUGAGAAUGGUUGUGCUAAGGCAGGAGGCUAUGAAAGUUGUGUUCCUGGCACAUGCCAGUCAAGUGAAGACAACAACGGAUUCACUUGUAUUUGUCCACCGGGCUAUUCAAAUGAGAUAUUCAGUUGUAAAGAAAUAGAUGAAUGUGUGACGGGAACACAUAAGUGUUCACAUGAUUGUAUUAAUACAAUCGGCAGCUAUCGAUGUAUUUGUCCUGGUGGUUAUCGCUUUGUCAACAGUAGCGAACAUGUAUGCGAGGAUAUAGAUGAGUGUCAAUCUAAGCCAGAUCUAUGCGGUUCACUGAACUGCGUUAAUUUACCAGGCGCUUUUACCUGUUUGUGUGCCGAUGGUACUGAGCCCAAUCCAGAGACACGUGCUUGUAAUGUGCGCGAUCCUUGCGAGAACAAUAAGUGCUCUCACAAAUGCAUAAUAGAAGAAAAUAAUUAUAUCUGCAUAUGUCCGGAUGGUAUGGUGCUUGCUGAGGAUGGCAUAAAUUGCAUGUAUGUUGAUCUUUGUACUACGAAUAACAACGGUUGCGAACAAAAUUGUCUAGAAGACGGCAUUUGUGGUUGCCGGAAAGGAUACGUCUUAGACAAUGAUGGCAAAUCUUGUAAAGAUGUUGAUGAAUGCCAGGAGUCAUUAGCCAUUUGCCAUCAUUUAUGCGUGAAUGAACCAGGUGGUUACAAGUGUUCAUGUCGUUCAGGCUAUGAAUUGUUAGCAAAUGGAAUAGAAUGCAAAGAUAUCGAUGAAUGUGCUGUUGGUUCAGCAAAUUGCACCUCGAAGUGCACUAAUUUUAUGGGUUACUAUGAGUGUAGUUGCGACUUUGGUUUUGAGUUGGCUGCUGAUCAAAAUACUUGCUUAGAUAUAGAUGAAUGCAAAUCGGGUGCCAAUGAUUGCUCCCAUGAGUGCUUUAAUUUGGAUGGUGGUUACGAGUGUCGCUGUCCCCAUGGUUAUGUAUUGUCUGAAAAUAAAGCAACCUGUUUGGAUGCGAACAAAUGCUUAAGUGGUGAUAAUGACUGUAGUCAAGUUUGUAAAAGCAAACAAGGAGGCUUCACUUGUGCUUGUCAUCCUGGUUAUGUGCUUCAAGCAGAUGGAAAGACCUGUAUACUACAAAACGCUUGUCCGAUUGGAACACUUUUUGAUGAAGUUCUCCUGGAGUGUGUAGAAAUUGAUGAGUGUCAGAUUAAUAACGGUGGUUGUUCUCAUACUUGCGUGAAGGGUACGGGAUGUACUUGUCCAAAUAACAGUUAUCUUUUAACUGAUGGUAAAACCUGUCAGUUUUCGGAUGCUUGUGGGAUAAAUAAUGGAGGUUGCUCGCACAUUUGCAGCCCUACUGGGGAUAGUUAUGUGUGCUCGUGCCCACAAGGUAGUCAGUUGAUCGAUAAUAAAAAUUGCGCAGCCACUUGUCCAGCUGGUUACAAACCUAAACCCGGAUUGCCAACUGAAUGUGUAGAUGUUGAUGAAUGCGUAACACCUGGCAUAUGCGAAUUUAGUUGUUUGAACACAAAUGGCAGUUACGUAUGUAUCUGUCCUGUUGGUUAUAAAAUACGCGAUGGACGUUUUUGUGUAGAUAUUGAUGAGUGCGAGAUUAAUAAUGGUGGUUGUAUAGGUGGCACAUGCAUUAACCACAAGGGCAGUUACCAGUGUAAAUGCGGUGUGGGUGAACGUUUAAGUGUAGAUAGAAAAACUUGUGAACCACGCACGGACUUGCACGAUCAAUGUACUCCAUUUGUGGCGCCACUUAAUGGUGAAAUACACUGCACCAAGUAUCGGCAUAAGAAGAAGUUCUUCUAUAACACCAAAUGUAAGGUGUGGUGCAAUAAGGGAUAUAAGCUAAUAGGUCCAGCACAGCGAUUUUGUAAUGCCACUGGCGUCUGGGAUAAUUAUGAAAACCAAUGUUUGCCAAGCGUUUGUCCACGCAUACCACCACCACGGUACGGUGUUAUUCUGCCCACAUCUUGCACUUUGGGAAAGACGUACAUGGGUGAGCGUUGUCGUUUGCAAUGUCAUCCUGGCUAUUUGCCAAUUCAUAAAACAACAACUGUCUGCACUUCUAACCAGCAGUGGUCGAAUAACGCUACACUCGACUGUGUGCUACCGACUCAAGGUGGCCGCGUUGAUACGCCACUGUUUAAUGCGGUACUACCACCAUCUACUGUAUUAACAAGCUCGACCUCCACUAGCUCAUUUAUAAACAGACCAUUUAUACCACAAACACCACCGCAAUUCAAUUUUGGUGCUGCAGUUGGCAUACAGCGCCCCUACAUCAAGUGCCCACGGAAUACAACAGUAUUUUUGGCAAAGAAUGAAGCAACUGCACACAUUAUUCUACAAAAACCGUUGACCAAUUUAGAUUUUCGCUACAUUGAAUCCUUCCCUGAAUGGACGAAAAAUUUGCAAGCGCACUUGACCGCUGGCACUUAUGUGAUAACUUUCCGUGGACAUGACCCUGUGUCGGGCAAGCGCGCCAGAUGUCAAACUGUCAUAAAUGUCCGGCAUGCCAUCGCACCGAAAGUCAGUUUUUGUACGCCAUCCUUCGAAGUGACGUUAGGCACAAAUCAAGCGUUCCGUUCGGUAGUGUGGGAAGAACCGCGUUUUGAAGAUGGCCAAAAAAAAUUAUACAAGUCAAGGUUACCAGGAGAGCUUUUUGGCGUAGGCGUACACACAGUUUACUAUGAAGCGACUAACAAGGAAGGUUUAAUAUCCCGUUGUGAAUUUAAAAUACACGUUAAGCCUGCUGCGUCUACACCAGCGCCGGUGCUACCAACACUGAAUUUAGAUUUCUCACGUACCAGCAUCCCAAUGUCAGCUCCAAUUAUGCGCGCACCAUUGACAAAUGCAAAUUUCUUAUCUGGUCAUGAAUCCUAUGUUCAUUGUCCAGGCAAGGCUCCUGUGAAGGUCACCCAAACGCAAUCUGUUACUUUGCCGGUGGGUUGUAUACUGAAAAAUGUUCGUUUGAGUCCUAUGCGUCGCUUUAUGCAACCACGUUUGUUUGGACGUCUACUGCCAGUUGCUCGCUAUUAAAUUAAUUUAGUUUCUAUAUAUAAAAUUUGUAUUGCAUUUAAAAUAAGUAUAU